AUGGCAGCUGACCCCAUCAUAUUAGCAGAACUAAAAGUCAAUACUGACGAACUCGUUGCCGAAAACGACAAGGUUAUCAAGAAACUGAUAGCCCUUAAAGAGCAACAGAAAGAACUCAAAAAAGAAACCGCGAAUUUAACAACCGCCGACGCGAAGCAAAUACGCACCUUCACUGACAAGGAACGCGCGAUCAAAACCUUGACCAAUCAAUACAACGCCAACAACAAAACUAUUGAGGCUAGUAAAACAGCCGUAGAGGAAAACACCCGCACGUUAUUUAAGGAGGUUAAAACAAUAGCUGAAGCCAAGACAGCUAACAAAGACCUCGCCGCUGCCCGCGAGAAGGUAGACACCUCUACCAAGGAAGGCGAGGUCACCUUAAAGUUGAUUAACAAAACCAUAAAGAAAAACAACGACUUCGUCAAAUCAAGCACUUCGGUGGCUAAAGAACAAGAGGUGACGCUAAGUAAUGUUGCCGAAAAAUUAAAAGAGGAGACCAACUCUAUCGACGAGGCGCGCGAAUCUAACAAAGCACUCCUUAAGGUGCGUAAUGAAUUAAAUUUAAACACUAAAGAAGGCCUAGAAGCACGCGACGCCAUCAAUAAAAAAAUAGACGAAAACAACGACUUCAUCAAGGACAACGUGAGUGCCCUCGAGGAACAGAAGAUAGGAAUAGGAAGUUAUGAGGAGAGUAUCAAAGGUGCAUUGUCCUCACUCGGUCCCUUCGGGGCUGUCCUUACAGGCACACAUGAGCGCCUAAAAGCAGCCGCGGUGGCGGCUAAAGAACAGGCGGCGGCACUUACUGCAAUGACAGCUUCUACUAAUGCAUCCUCAAAAGCGUUGAAGCUAUUCCGUCUUGCCCUCAUCAGCACAGGUGUUGGCGCGUUGGUCGUGGCACUUGGCGCGUUGAUCACGUUUCUAUCCACAACACAACGCGGGAUCAACUUCAUCAACAAAGGGCUCGAAGCGUUUAAAGCAAUAAGCGCAGCCUUGCUGGGAGAGGUUCAGCAGCUUGGCGAAACUAUAUUCGACGCCUUCGCCAACCCGCAGGAGGCAGUACGGAAGUUAUGGGAGGUCAUCAAAACUAGCCUUGUGGUAACAGGUGUCGACGAUCUUAUUGGCAAGACAAGGAGGGGCGCGCAAGGAUUCACAAAGCUAAUUUCAGACGCUGCAGGCACAGGUGUGAGGAUCGCGGAGAUAGAAGCUGAACUAGGCCGCACAGCAGCUGACUUCGUGAAGCGCCAAACAGAAUUGUCGCUAGCCUUUGAGCGACAAAAGGCAAUUGCAGAGGACAUAACCAAGACGGACGAACAAAGGAGGGUAGCUGGCGAGCGGUCAAUAGCGAUAGCACGGGAAGAGGCGGCAGUAGUGAAAGAGCGUAGUGACCUGGAGGUCGAACUACUAAACCUGAAAGCAUCAUUAAACGACACUAGCGAUGAAGAUCGUUUAGAAAUUCAGAACAAAAUAAACGAGGCGUUGAUCGCGGAGAAGGAUGCCACGGGUAAGGUGACGGGCGAGAAGAACAAACUAAACGCUUUGAACGUUGCUAUUGCUCAAAAGGCAAUCAACGCUUCAAAAAGUGAACUGGAAUUAUUUAUAAAAAACAACGAGUAUUCCACAAAGGCGUUAGCCGACCAAUUGAAGAUUGAAGAGGAGGUCUCCGCAAGGCGGAUAGAAAUUAUAAACGAGGAGGUGGCUAAAAAAUUGAAGACCACCGAAGCUGCAGAAACAGAGAAGCGAGCCAUCGAAGCGGAGAGCGCUAAGAAGCGCGCGGAAUUGACGGUGCAAUACCUCAACGAAGAAGUGGCGUUAAGCAAUACGUCUUUGAGUGAUGAAUUAAUACGCGAGGGUAUCACUAACGAUGAGAAGUACGAACUACGCCGCAAGCACCUGGAAGAAAUAAAGGCACUCGAGCUAGAGAAGCUACAAGAGCGUAGGGAUGCAGAGGUCAUUUCUGAAAGGCAAUAUAACGUUGAAAAAAUAGGGAUUGAAAGCAAAUUCUUAAAUGACAAAUUCACUUUACAAAAAGCCGAAGAAGAACGGGUUAGGCAAGGUCAACUAUUCGACACCCAACUGCAACGCCAAGCCGAUGCGCUCGACGCACAGGAGUAUAACUCAAAUCAGUUCUCGCAAGAGCUAGCACGCAUAUCACAAGAACAAGCCGACAGGGAGGUGCUGUACCAAUCACAAAGAGAGAAGCUCUUAAUAUCAGAAGAGCAAUUUCAACAAGCGCUGAUAAACAUUGAACGCACAGCAGCGUUGAAGAAACGCGACAUCUCACGUGCGGCACUGUUCCAGCAGAUAGCUGGUGCGGCGCAGGUAGCAGGAGCAAUAGGUCAAAUUGCGGGAGAACAAACGGCGGUUAGCAAGGCGGCAGCGAUAGCGCAAAGUACUAUCAAUACCUACUCCGCAGCAACACAGGCGUUGCUUAUACCUCCGCCAGCGGGCCAAAUAAUAGCGGGUAUUUUGGUAGCUGCAGGACUAGCCAACGUUGCCAAGAUUAGCAGGCAUUGA